AUGCUACCGCCCGAUGCAAAGCGAAGGCCGCUAUCCAUCCAUCCAUCUAUCCUUCCGUGCGGACGCUGCUAUUCAUCCAAACCUAGCCGAGGACCAUCUACUUCAACCACACAGAGGGCCGGAGAGAAUGCUGGUGCUAAAAGCGUGAUUGUUAAUGCUCGACAGAAAGGCAAUCCGCUCUUAAAGCACAUCCGAAAUGUUCCUUGGGAAUUCGGAGAAAUAGAGCCAGAUUACAUGAUGGGACAGACAUCAUGUGCACUUUACUUGAGCCUGCGUUACCACAACCUCUUUCCCGAGUACAUUCACAAAAGACUCAAGUCCUUGGGACGAGCCUUCCACCUACGACUGCUCCUCGUUCAAGUUGACGUGUCUGACCCUCAUCCAUCGUUGAGAGAACUGGCCAAGAUAGCCAUCCUUGCGGACUGUACACUUAUGCUAGCAUGGAGUCCCGAAGAGGCGGGAAAAUACAUUGAGACAUACAAAAUGUACGAGGCCAAGCCCGCAGACACACUCCUGGAGAAAGGUGACAAUGAUGUCUUUAGCAAGCUGGUGGACUGCCUCACUUGUGUCAAGUCCAUCAAUCGACCUGACGCCAUCAAGCUUCUAGCGUCUUUCAAGACCCUGGACAGGAUUGCAGAAGCAUCCAAUGAUGAACUGGCAUUGCAUCCUGGAAUGGGUCAUCACAAGGCAAACCGGCUUCAUGAUGUUUUGCACCAGCCCUUCUUGAAGGCCAAGAAAAUGCAAGAUAAAUAGCAAUGGUCAUAGUAAUAGUACAGCCACUGAUAUGAGACAAGCUUUGCUCUCACACAAUUGCUUUGCCGGUUUUUGUGCUGGCAAGCAAUGAAACCACAGAUUCCAGAGCCUUGUAUGUAGCAUGCUGGCUCUGCAUCGGGCUCCCUUUUUUCCUCAGCGCUUGGCCUUGGAGAGAGAAAAAAACAAACAGUGUUUUGUUUUAUGGACUUAUUGAUAUACUUACAACAUGAUGAUGUCAAAGCGUCUGUCAAGUAACAAUUAAUGGGGAUUUUUAAGUCAAGUUGAUUCUCUGGAAAAAGGAGAGCAGAAAGGGAGGUUCCAUUACUCAAGAUGGACAGUAGAGAGUGAGCUACAGAAGGAUUGUCAAGACACCCAUCUUGAGGUGCGUGUGAAGACCUUGUGAACACUAGUUCUCCUUCAGAACCAUUGAGAAUGGUGCUGUAGUAGCAGCAGCAGCGAUAAUCUGGGAGUAUUCCAUCCUUCCAAGCAAGAACCAUUCAAGAGGCAUACAUAAGCAGCACUCGCUUUCAAGCAUUUUUGUCUCUUUUGUACUCAGACUGGUGAGAUUUAAGGAAUUGGAAAUACUCUUUCUACUAGCCUGGCAUGUAUUAACAUGCUCCCAGUGACACAAUUGCUUUUGAUGAUGUAACUACUACUCUGCUGUGAGACAGAGUGGCUUUCCAGUAUGCCUCCACCAAACUGAUGGACGUUAGAGUGCAGGCACUGUUACCAUGAAAACCAUAAUUUACGAUACAAUUUACUCAAAUAAUCGUACGAGGACAAAUUCUUUUUCCAUAUCAUUCAAAUAGUUUCCUGAAGUAUCAAAAUUGAGACUUUUUUGUAGUCUUCACUAGAGUGUAAAACUGCUCACGUAAGACCCUGAAACAUGUAGCCAACUUGCUACGUUUCCACCAUGUUUUGUACUCCCCGGCAUUAGCGAGUUUUAGUAGAUGGAAAGGUGUUCAUUAUAGCGGUUCUAAAAACAUGCCUUUUGAAGCAGGUAACAUGGCUGCUGAGACUAAUGGGGUUAUGACCAUUCUAGUAAUAUAAUUGUGACUGUAAAGGCACAAAGCUCGCACUUGAAAUCCUGUAAAAACUAUUCUGCUCUGUACUUGAAGCACAAAGUAGCUAUUUCUGUACCUUGUAUUGCACUACAGCAAAGCACUCAGUCAACUGUCAAACUGGUGAUAAAGAGACCAACGAGAGUUAGCAAUAAUAGUUGUUGCAUUUUAAAGAAGCGUGAUAAAAGCCAGGCAUCACUUUAGCCAUCAUGAAAGGGUGACGCGUAAAUACAAAAUAUAUUUGCUUGCCCAAAUAUUUUAAAGUACUUCACUUUACUUAUUGCAGAAUUGCACGGUCAAACCCUAAUGUAUAGAAAUUUACGAGGAUCACAAUUUCUUUCAUUGGAUUAAGUAUUUCGUGGUACCAAAAAUCAAGUUUCAGGAGGAAGCUGUGACAGGGAAUAUAAAGUAUUUCACCGUACCUUGAAGUUGACUGUAAUAAAGUUAGACGCUUUUC